AUGGUUAUCUUUUUCAGGACUGAAAUGAGUCUUGAUAGUAAAGGUUUAACCAGAGAUAAUUCUAGUGGAUACAUGAGUCCAGAGUAUGCAGUUAAUGGUAAAUUUUCAGCAAAGUCUGAUGUUUUCAGCUUCAGUGUACUUGUACUAGAGGUAAUAAGUGGCCAAAAGAUCAGAAGUUUCUGUCAUCCUGAUCACCACCAUAGCCUAUUGGAACAUGCUUGGUUGGUAUGGAAUGCCAUGGAGCUGGUAGAUGCAUGUUUGGAGGAUUCCAUUAGUGAGUCUCAAGUUCUUAGAUGUAUUCGAGUAGGCUUAUUAUGUGUUCAAAAUUACCCCAGAGACAGGCCAACAAUGUCAUCUGUAAAUUUUAUGUUGGCAAAUGAGGGAGCAAUUUUGCCUCUUCCUAAAGAGCCAGGAUUCUUCACAGAUACAAUUACAGGCACAACAACAAGAAGAAAGGAAGAACAACAUACUUUAUCACCACCUUAUAAACUUUUAGGACCUACUAAUGAAUUUAUGCCUGGAAGAUACAUGUCACGUGCUAAAUGUAUUCAAUUGGGUUUGACUAUUGUUUUCGAAAGGUCCCAGAGGAUUGGUUUGUCAUGUCUUCUGACCAUGCUGGUAAAUGACAGAGAAAUAUUGCCUGAAUCUAAACAACCUAGUUUCUUCAUAGCAAAAAGUCUCCGAUGA